AUGCCACGGCCUAACAAGGGCGGUGAGGCGCAGCAGCAGGUGAGGACAGAGCACAUUGUGCGACUCGAGGUGCAGCGGCGCCAUGCAAAGGGAUUACUGCGGGUAUUUGACACGAUGAUUGGCGACUUGGAUGAUCAGUUGAUGUACGUGGCACAGUUUAAGAAGGAGUGGCUGCAACACCGCAAAGAGCUCGAGGCUGCACGGCAGCAAAUCAUCGCAGAGGAACUUACCCAGCGGGAGAAAAGAGAGGAGGCGUACUUGCAAGCACUGGCAGAGCUAGCCCGUGGUAAGAAGAAAUCCACAAAGGUAGAGCGUAGCACGAGUCUAAGUAUUACAAGAGAAGAUUGA